AUGGCCCCGUGGCCCGCACCUCCUCCGCCUCCGCCUCCGCCUCCACCUCUGGCCGCGCCGCCGCCGCCCGGCGUCUCUGCUAAGGGGCCGCCGGCGCGCAAGCUGCUUUUCAUGUGCACCUUGUCCCUGUCUGUCACCUACCUGUGCUACAGUCUCCUGGGCGGCUCGGGCUCCCUGCAGUUCCCCCUGGCGCUGCAGGAGCCGCCGGGCGCCGCCGCCGAGCCCCCGCCGAGCCCGCCACCACCCUCUCUGCUGCCUCCCCCCGUGCGCCUCGGCGCCCCCUCGCAGCCGCCCGCGCCGCCGCCGCCGGACAACGCGAGCCGCGGGGAGCCGCCCGAGCCCCCCGAACAGCCCGCCGCCCCCGGGGCCGAAGGCUGGGGGCUGGCCAGCGGCGGCGGAGGCGCCCGGGACGCCUGGCUCCGGACUCCGCUGGCCCCCAGCGAGAUGAUCACGGCGCAGAGCGCGCUGCUGGAGAGGGAAGCGCAGGAGUCCAGCACCACCGACGAGGAGCUGACAGGCCGGAGAGCGGCCAACGGGAGCAGCGAGAGGGGCGGCGUCGUCAGCACCCCUGACUAUGGGGAGAAGAAGCUGCCCCAGGCGCUCAUCAUCGGGGUCAAGAAAGGAGGGACCCGCGCGCUGCUAGAGGCGAUCCGAGUACACCCGGACGUGCGGGCGGUGGGCGUAGAGCCGCACUUCUUCGACAGGAACUACGAGAAGGGGCUGGAGUGGUACAGGAACGUGAUGCCCAAGACGUUGGAUGGGCAGCUAACCAUGGAGAAGACCCCAAGUUACUUCGUGACCAAUGAGGCUCCCAAGCGCAUCCACUCCAUGGCCAAGGACAUCAAGCUGAUCGUGGUGGUGAGAAACCCCGUGACCAGGGCCAUUUCCGACUACACCCAGACGCUGUCAAAGAAACCCGAGAUCCCCACCUUCGAGGUGCUGGCCUUCAAAAACCGGACCCUGGGGCUCAUCGACGCCUCCUGGAGCGCCAUCCGGAUUGGGAUCUACGCGCUGCACCUGGAGAACUGGCUGCAGUACUUCCCUCUCUCCCAGAUCCUCUUCGUGAGCGGGGAGCGGCUCAUAGUGGACCCCGCAGGGGAGAUGGCCAAAGUCCAGGAUUUUCUGGGCCUCAAGCGUGUUGUGACUGAGAAACAUUUCUACUUCAACAAAACCAAGGGAUUCCCUUGCCUCAAGAAGCCAGAAGACAGCGGCGCCCCCAGGUGCUUGGGCAAGAGCAAAGGCCGGACUCAUCCCCGCAUAGACCCCGAUGUCAUCCACAGACUGCGGAAAUUUUACAAACCCUUCAACAUGAUGUUCUACCAGAUGACUGGCCAAGAUUUCCAAUGGGAACAGGAAGAGGGGGACAAAUGAGACUAGAACGGGGGAGGGCAGGCGAGUGAACGGCAAGGGGGUUCCUCACCCGGGUCCUGUGUCCCCAGGUUCUGCAGCCUCAGGUUUGCUGGAGUUACCAAGUGGAUCUCCCUCCUCCAGACAGGAUGCUCCCAGGGCUGUUGGCUAGGCAGAGGGGUGGAUCCCACGGGCAACCCCACAGAGGAACCAGGUCUGGGUCUGGUUGACCAGAUGGCCACAGAACCCACCAUUCAUCUUUCUCUUCUCCCCAUUAGUAGAGUCUGGUACCUCUCAGUAUGGAAGACAGUGCCAUGAGUGUUUAUUUGAAUGACAAAAAGAAAGAUCUCCAAAAUGGGUGCUCUUAGUUUGGGGAACCUGGGUUCUAGACCGGUACCUGGCACAGACCCUUGAUGUCUCGACCUCUGGUGGGGCUUUCCCCAGAACGUGACGUGCGGCUGAGUCCCUCUAAGGCAUUCCAACCUUCUCAUUGAAGUCCCAUCCCACAAGCCCUUGACUUCCUUCUUCCCCACCUUGUGAAGGCAAAGGCAUGUACAUUCCUCACCCCACUCUCCCCACCCCAAAAUAGCUAACACCCCUGGAAGCCUUCUUUCUAAGGCUCUUCAUGAGCGUCCUGGAAGGUGGGAAGCUUAGCAUAUGUCCUCGUGCUAGAAUCUGGCCCACAGAGCUUCUCUCGGAGCCGUGUGAUCUCAGCUAAGUCCAGAGCCCUGAUGGUGGCAAAGAUGAAUGGCACACUUUAGGGAGAAAGAAGAAAUCCAAUCUUCUGGGUGGGAGGUCUCCUUAACUAAAGACCCUCCCCGCAAAGCACUGUGGUCCUGAGGCCUGCUUUUGGGAUGGACUCUCUCCCUUAGGGUCCCCAGGGAGGCAAAAGACCAGAGAGUCGGCAUGUCUUUUUGUUAUGAAUCACCCUCAGCGAUGCUGGGGGGAAGGGAUCUCUGACUGUUCUGUUUUUCCCACCUCUACCCCUCAGGUCAUCUCCUGAUUCAUUUUCCUUAUUCAGAGAUGGCACACAGCAGGCAGCAGCAAGAGGGCUGAUUCCGUUUGUCAGCUCCAGUUAAAGGGGGUAGGGGAGGGUAAGGGCUGUCUGCAGACACCCCCAUCAAGGGCUGCCACAUACAGUGACCCUUCCCAAGAGUCUGAUUUGAUUCAAAUGCAGCAUUUGACAUAAAGCACUUGUCCGCAGAUCACCCAAACCAGGAAUUGUUCUAGUAAAAUUUGGAAUUUGUACGAGUGUGGGGAAAGUUGAACCCGCUCAGCUGUUAUUAAGCCGUCAUUUCUCCUGCUCAAUGAAAACCGUGUUGUUA